AUGGCUACUGGUUCACAAUUGUUAUUCGAGGAUGGGGAUUCGUUAACUGCAAGUGAAUCUGCAAAUAAUUCCAACUUUGGAAAUAACAAAUCUGCUUCUAUAGGAAAACUAACAGCUCUCAUUGAGCUGUUAACCCAACGCGUCGAUACUCUCGCAAGCCAGGUUGCGGGAGUGUUAGGAGGUACUGGCGUUGGUGUCGAUAAUGUGUUUAGCAACGGAGAGACGAGGUUUGGUGCCAGUGGUGUCAAUGGAGCUAGUAAUGCUGGCGCGAACCGGAACAUCAGUGGGCAACGACCUAACGGAUGUAGGCAACAAACUAAUGGAGGUGAGCAGCAGCAUAGAAAUAACAGCGGUGCAGUAAUUGGAACUUUUCGUGACCGGGAACCUAAUGGUAGUGAACAGCAAUUGAAUGGUGGUUCGAAUAAUGUAACAGGAUCGAAUGAUCAAGUGAACUCGAGGGUUGCUUUUUCAACGGUUGUACAGUUACACAACAGGAAUGGGCAUGAAUUAACAACUAGAUCCCCGAACGGUUGUGAGGCGCAAAGUGGAUCUGGGACAUUUAAUAAUGGGCCUCAUGCUCAUUCAGUGUUUGAUGUAAAACUUUUUAAAUUUAAAAAAUUGCAAGUGGAAGUACAAUACCUAAGGGAAUGCAGCUCGCGUAGGCAGAUUCCAAAAGGCCUAAGGCAAUGGCGCUUCCGUAAUGGGCUUAUAGCUCAUUCAGAUUUUCAUAAAGAAUUAAUACAACUGUUUGAUAAACAAGGGCUCGAGUUUAUUGAUUGUUUGAUUAAACAUUACUGUGAACAAAUUACAGUAUUAGAAUCUGAUUUGACAGUGCUUGAUAACAGUAUAAGAACAGAUAAAGAUUUUGGGAGAUAUAAAUUUGAUUUUCUGCGUGUUUUUUCCAGCAUUGAAAAUUCUUUAUGUAAAAUUAAAGAAAAUAAGAUCAAAAAAUUAAAAAGGGAUUCUCUAGCUUAUGACAAUGGCACAGCUUAUCCUUUACCUAAAAUGCAUACUUCAAAUGGGAAUAAUCAAAAUAACAUGAAUAAUGAUAGUAAUGUGAAUGGAAUGUUUGAUAACUUCGAUAUUGAAGCUUCCUUUGAAGCAUGUAAUAACCCGAAUGAACAUGACACUGGUAAUGGUGAUAAUUUUCAUUCACCUGUUAGGAGAAGUGAAAGGUUGGCCAGUAGGAAUAACAAUAAUAAUCAAAAUAAUGAUGCCCACCCAAAGGGAAAUAAUAAUAAAAAAAAUUUUCAGAGGGGGGGGAACAAAUCUGACCAACAACAACAGGUUCCACGAUACCAGAACCAGAAGAAACGGAAGAACCAGAACAAGAGGAAGAGGUAA